ACCUCCUUCAACAUCUAUCAUCUACCAAGAAUACCCUCACAAUUAUGCGCCUCCUAUGAUCCUGCGCUAGCCAUAUCCUAUCAUGGCGACGUUGACCGCGUCCGCGCAAUCAUGCGUACGCUGCAAAGGCACUGUGGAUACGCCAUGUCAGACCUGCCAGAAGCCCAGAGCCCAGUGCGAUCCUGCGCCCCCGAAAAUCCGCUUCCGCUCCGUUCCUCGGCGCCGGCAGACGUUCGAUUUCGCACCCGAUCAGACAUGGGUCCAGUCGAAGAAAAGACGUACGUAUCUUCGGAUGUAAGGAGAAAGCAUCUGUGAUAGAUACUCAUAGCUUAGGCCGUUUGACGUAUGUCGAUAUGACGCCCCAUGUUUCGCGGGAGAGAGCCACUUCCGACUCCGAAGAGCAUCGAAACACAAGUGCUGCGAGUGCGGUCGGUGAUAGAUUGACCAAAAAGGUGAAAGUCUCUAGUAAUGGAAGUCAAGAAGUUCCCCUUCGUCCACAGUCUUUGUCAUGUCCAGAGGGCAAUCGGUAUGACGGUCGAUCUCCGUCUACAGCAGCUUUGGAAACAACGAUACCAGACAAGGUUGCAGCUCGAUCGUCUUCUGAUUCGGUGGAGCACACAAACAUGCGGAAUCAAUCCCUAACGGUCACACUGGGCGCAUCAGAGAGGAGCAAAUAUCCGCCCGGGCCCCUACACGGGCUGCCAACUUCACAUUCCGACGUUGCAUACCUGAACCUCGAGGAGGCUUGUUUGCUACGGCAUUUUACCCAGAAUCUGGCUCAAUGGUUUGAUGCCAGUGACCGCGAUCGCCACUUUGCGCUUCAUGUCCCCGAGCGAGCCAUGUUCUGUCCGGUCCUUCGAUACGCGGUAUAUACGGCUUCUGCGGGUCAUCUCAAUCGGCUAGCAUCCUGUGGCAAGUCCUUGGAGACUCUUGGUAUUCCGGAAGAGGUUCAGUCUCUGCUGAGUCCUGAGACGGCGAUCCGGUAUCACGACAUUUGCAUCUCGUAUCUAUUUGAGAUAUCACAUGACCCGGAGGAAGAGUACAACGAAGAUGUGCUCACGGCUGCUACGAUCCUCAGAUUCUACGAACAAAUAGAAGCUCCGUCACUAGGUGACUCGGAAGCGUACCUGAAUGCAAUUCAGUUUAAUGUGAAUACACAACAAGACGAAUCGUUUUAUGCCUGGUUCAAGAUCCAUGGCCCAAGUCGAGAUAUCAACGUACAUGCCUGUCCGUCUGUCUCGUUACGCCAUUCUGCUGCUUUGAGUGCUCUCCGCCAAGAGAUCUGGAGUGCCUUCCUCCACCAACGAGAAUUUAGGCUACCGGUCUCUCCAGCCAAUGAUUACACUAUGUGCGACCCAGUGAAUGAUUAUAUUUGGACCAACAGGAUACUUGUAUGGGUGGCUGAUCUUUUAUUGUUUUGCUUUGGUGACAAUCACCGCUGGAGCGCAGAGGAGCGUUUUCAGCGCUGGUCCAAGUUAAAGACCGUCGAGGAGCGCUGGAAGGAGGCAAAGCCCGCGCCCUAUAAGCCUAUACAUUAUCGCGAUCGGGAGCCGACGGUCGGAAAACACUUUCCUGAGAUUUGGCACAUGAACGGCUGCCAAGUAGCGGGAGCGCAGCAUAUUGAACUCGGUCGUAUUCUGCUGGCGGUGUCUGACCCCCGGCGGGCGUCGCGGCUUGGACUCGGUGCUCUGUCGAGGGACAAAGCCGUAGUCCAAGAGCUGCAGGAUUGCACACGGCGUUUGUGUGGAUUGGCGGUCUCGAACCCCCCUUGUCCGGCUGCCCUUGUCACGGCAAUGGUAGGGAUUUCCAUAUGCGGAGAAUAUUUCACCGAUCCUGGCGAACAGAGUGCAUUGAUUCGACUACUGGAAGGGCUGGAAUGGGACUAUGCAUGGCCUACAGCAAGCACUAUUAAUGCACUACAAACUGCAUGGGGUAGCUCCACUUGAGGGAACCGCCAUUGUAAAGACCUAGACCCCGCUAUCCCCCAUACCCCAGAUAUUCGAAACUUUGCCCGAACCCGUGUUUGAGCUGCCUGCAGAGUUUGUGGAGCAGACAUCAAAUGAAAAGCACAAAGCAUAUCAGCAGGAUGCCAUGUCGCCACAUAUUCCAAAGAGGAAAAUCGCCUUUUACGGCAAGUCACUCUUCGCAAGUCCUCGUCAACGACAUGCUCCUCACUCCAUCAACGAAACAGACUCUUUGUCAAAAAAACUUGCAUGAUACACACCUCAGACAUGCUGAUUUUAAUUCUCAAAGAGUCUUAGAUGGGAAAUUUGAGACAGAAUUGGAAUCAUUGCCCGUCCCAGCAUGUUUGUCUCGAGCCCCAGUAGAAGCUAGUUUCAGUAUCGCGAUGAUUCGGGAUGCUGAGGUUUG